UAUAAAUGAACGAAGUAAUUACAAAGCACAACUCUGGUGACAAAUACCUCUUUCGAUUUAUCUGUCAACAAUAUCAGACCCGAUUUGCGCUGUGGCAAUGUCAAAUGUCAAUGAGAAAAGAUGAACAAUGGAAUAUUCAGACCUUUCUUCUUGUCUCGUAGCUUCCAUAGUUCACUGAUAUCCCCACAUCAACCAUUUCUUCAAAACCAUGAUUUCAUUCCUCACUCUUCCUUUUUAUCAAACACACUCCAACAUUACAUUUAUUCCCAAACUCCUUCCCACGGCCAAAAAAUCCAUUCCCACAUCCUCAAAACUGGGUUUGUUCCAAACACAAACAUUUCAAUCAAACUACUUAUACUCUACUUGAAAUCUAAUUCAUUAAGAUACGCACGCCAGGUGUUUGAUGAUUUGCAUGACAAAACUUUGUCUGCUUAUAAUUAUAUGAUUGGUGGCUAUCUCAAACAAGGGCAGGUUGAUGAAUCACUUGGUUUGGUUCAUAGGCUUUUGAUGUCUGGGGAAAAGCCUGAUGGGUUUACUUUUUCGAUGAUUUUAAAGGUGUCUACUUUGGGUGUUAAUGUUGGGAUGCUCGGUGAUCUUGGAAGAAUGGUACAUACCCAGAUUCUUAAAUGUGAUGUUGAGAAAGAUGAUGUUCUUUGUACAGCAUUGAUUGACUCUUAUGUUAAGAAUGGGAGGGUUGGUUAUGCAAGGACUGUUUUUGAUGUGAUGUCGGAGAAGAAUGUUAUAUCUUCAACGUCACUCAUCUCUGGUUACAUGAAUACAGGCUAUUUCAAUGACGCUGAAUGUAUAUUUCAGAAAACAUUGGAUAAGGAUGUUGUGGUGUUUAAUGCUAUGAUUGAAGGUUACAGCAAAAUACCUGAAUAUGCCGUGAGAUCUCUUAAAGUUUACAUUGACAUGCAACGGUUUAACUUUAGGCCGAAUGUUUCCACAUUUGCUAGCAUAAUUGGUGCUUGUUCCGUGCUUGCAGAAUUUGAAAUUGGGCAACAAGUUCAAAAUCAGCUUAUGAAGACACCUUUUUUUGCAGACAUAAAAUUAGGAAGUGCCCUUAUAGAUAUGUAUUCCAAAUGCGGUAGAGUUGUAGAUGCUCGAAGAGUUUUUGACCACAUGCUUGAGAAGAAUGUUUUUUCAUGGACAUCUAUGAUUGACGGAUAUGGGAAGAAUGGGUUUCCUGAGGAAGCACUUGAGCUAUUUAGAAAGAUGCGGAUAGAAUACCGCAUUGCACCCAAUUUCGUGACGUUCCUUAGUGCUCUCUCAGCUUGUGCACAUGCUGGACUUGUGGACAAGGGUUGGGAGAUCUUUCAAAGUAUGGAAAAUGAAUAUAUGCUGAAGCCGGGGAUGGAGCAUUAUGCUUGCAUGGUUGAUCUGUUAGGACGAGCAGGGAGGCUAAAUCAGGCUUGGGAGUUUGCCAUGAGGAUACCCGAGAGACCAAAUUCAGAUGUGUGGGCUGCUUUACUUAGUGCAUGCAGACUCCACGGUAAUAUUGAGAUGGCAAAAUUAGCUGCAAGUGAGAUUUUCAAGCUGAACGCUAAUGGAAGACCGGGGGCAUAUGUUGCACUAUCUAAUACAUUGGCAGAUGCUGGGAAAUGGGAUAGUGUAAGUGAGCUUAGAGAAGUAAUGAAGGAGAGAGGAAUAUCUAAGGACACUGCCUGCAGUUGGGUUGGAGCUAAUAGUGUUUGUUAGUUCUUAUGAUGUGUUCAAAGAUGAGCAAAAUCAUUUUUUUUUAUCAAAUGAGUUGAUUCUUAUUGAUUACUGUGCUUCUAACUAUAAUGUAAACUAUUAAAAGAAAUAUAUGAAAUGAGAUGUUCAUUAGCGGAGAAGCAACAAUGUUUCUGGGAGGUAAUUUGCCGAGAGUAUGGUUCAAGGAGGUUAAUCCUAAUUGACCCAAAAGAAGGGAAAUCAUUAAGCAGAAGUAUUGAUUAUUUUGAACAAGGUUGAAGCCAAAUCCUGCUGCUUAAAAGAGUUGUUUUUUUUGCAUAGGUAGACAUUGAUUAUGACCAGCCACUGAAUGAUUAGAAGGUGGGAGACUAAAAAUUUAACUGGUUCAUAUACCUAUGGCUUUGCCUUUUUUGGUUGUCUAAGAUAUCUCUAGUCAGAUGUCACAGAGUAAUCCUUCUAAGUACAUAGUUUAUUUAAAAGGUUGACCUCUCCCGGAAAUAGAUGACAAAAUGAGCGAGUACAUUUUAAUUUGAACCAGAUCACAGUUUAUAAUUUUAUAAGAAUUUACUGUAUUGAUUUCAAUUAUUGAUACAAUAUGGUGUAAGUACCUUGUUUUUAAUCUUUGAUAACAAAUCUUAGCAUGGGCAAUGCAGAGACAUGACAUCACAUGAUUGGAUUUGUAAUUUCAAUGUCUGACUUAAGUUUCCGAAAAGAUAAAAUAAGAGAAAACUGAUGGGGACAAAGAAGGAAUUGAUGAGGUGUCUAGUGGGACACAUAGUGCACCUAAGGUAUGGAGAGUGUAUGUUAGAAAAUCCAAGAAAGGUGAGCUGGCCCCAUCACGUAUAUAGGGGAGAGAGGUUGGUAAGGAGGGGAUAACAAAUUCUGUUAAUUGUUAGUGGAGAGAAGAUUCUCUCUUAUUGAAGUGAGCAUAGCUCUCAGGAGUAAAAGGAAGGCUUGUUUCAUUUGCUCAA